UAGCAAGCCAACUAGACGUCAAGUCAUCAUCAGCAAGCUAACUAGCCAAGUCACCAGCAGCAAGCCAACUAGCCGUCGAGUCACCUGCAGCAAGCCAACUAGCAGUCCAGUCACCAGCAGCAAGCCGACUAGCCGUCCAGUCAAAAUGACCAGCAGCCAGCCAACUAGCAAGUCACCAGCAACCAGCCAACUAGCCGUCAAGUCACCAGCAGCCAGCCAACCAGCCGUCAAGUCACUAGCAGCAAGCCAACUAGCCGUCAAGUCACCAGCAGCAAGCCAUUAUCAGUCAAGUCGCCAGCAUUCAGUCAAAAGCAAGCCAACUAGCCGUACAGUCACCAGCAGCAAGCCAACGAGCCGUCCAUUAACCAGCAGCAAGCCAACUAGCCGUCCAUUCACAUGCAAGCCAUUUAGCCGUCCAGCAUCCAGCAGCAAGCCAACUAGCCGUCAAGUCACCAGCAGCAAGCCAUUAUCAGUCAAGUCACCAGUAGCAAGCCAACUAGCCGUCAAGUCACCAGCAGCAAGCCAUUAUCAGUCAAGUCACCAGCAAUCAGUCAAAAGCAAGCCAACUAGCCGUCAAGUCACCAGCAGCUAG